CUCUACCCUGGCUCUGAGCUGACAGCUGUCCCUGGCAGCCUUGAUAAGCCUCAAAGGACAGACCCACCUGGCAGGACAGAGCCAAUGCCAGCCAGCUCCAAGAGAGACCCACCACUGGCCAAAGCCAAGCCCAUCAGUGAUGGUAGUAGCACCUCAGCAUAACAUAUUUAAGAAGAGGGGAAGAAACUUGUGCAACACCAGCAGCUAGGAAACAGAAGUGAGAAUAUGGAAGAGAAACCCUGCAUACCCUCAGGCAUUCUAUCAUACUACUUAGAAGAGCACGUGGAAUAAAAGAUUAUUAAAAGAAGCAGUAGAGCAUCUUGACCUAUUACAGAACCAUGGUUCGGCUAACAAUGGACCUAAUUGCUAAAAAUGCUGGUCACAAGAAUCGUAGUGAAGAAGACUUUGAACAAUAUCUGCAAAAAAUAACUCAUCUGAAUUUGUCAGAUAAAAAUAUAGAUUCAAUUGAUGACCUCUCUUUCUGUAAAAAUCUGAGAGUUCUAUAUUUAUAUGAUAACCAAAUCAACCAAAUCCAGAACUUGGACUUUGCUUCAAAUAUAACGCACCUUUACCUUCAGAACAAUCGUAUUUCAAGUAUAGAAAAUCUCUCAUUGCUGAAAAAACUUGAAAAACUGUAUUUAGGAGGCAACUAUAUCACUAUAGUGGAGGGUUUGGAUAAAAUAGGAGAACUAAGGGAGCUACAUAUUGAAAGUCAACAUCUCCCUCUUGGUGAAAAGCUUCUGUUUGAUCCAGUAUCUCUUAACUCCCUGGCAAAAUCUUUGUCUGUACUGAAUAUCAGCAAUAACAACAUUGAUGAAUUAGAAGAACUGGCAGUUUUGGAAAAUCUUUCUUACCUUAAAGCUGUCGACAAUCGACUUAAACAUAUGAAGGAUUUGGAGGUUGCAUUAAAAAAAUGGACAAAGCUACGCAGAAUGGAUCUUACAGGAAACCCCAUCUGUCAAAAACCGAAGUACAAGGAUAGGAUUAUAGUAGAGUCACCAACUUUAGAAUCCCUCGACGGGAAAGAAAUUCAAGAAAUGGAAAGACGUUUCUUAAUAAAUUGGAAAGCCUCCAGAGCUGCCAGGAAAAAAAACAAUGAAAGAAUGACAGAUGAACAUGCAGCCUAUGUACAAUUUUCUGACUCUGAAACACCUCAUCUUGCUCUUCCUUUUAACCACAGUCACUCUGUGAAAGAAAAACCAGAUUUUUUAGAUUUGGCUCACAAGCAGAAAGUUGAAAGAAAACCUGCGCCAAGAAUCCGUGAAAGAAGAAGUCAGAUGAAAACUCAGGCCUGGGGUUUUAUCUCAGAUGUGAAGCUCCUAAACCAGAAACUCCUGUUUCCAAGGGCACCCGAGGAGAUGAAGUUUUCAGGCUGUCAUAGGAACAGACACUCCUAACACGUGAAAGCCGGC